CGUUUGCCCAAAGUCGAUCUAUCCUUUUUACUCCGGGAUUAGACUUCUGAUACGAUUUAUAGGGCCUUGAAAUAUUUCUCGGAGCAAUUCCAAUAAGGUUUAGCUAGGAUUUCAUGAUAGUGAUUAUCAGGGAAUAUCCUUGGAUGUUCUGAGAAUUCUGCAAUUUUCCUUUCACCUUCCACUCCUAGUUGGAUACGGGCUUAAUAUUCGUCUUUGGGGGAAAAAACUGGUUAGUUGAAGUCGAAUCUUGCUUGUUUGCAGGUGCAUAAUAGUAAUCUUCAACAAUGAAGACACUUGUGAUUGUGGAGCGGCGAGUUGUACAGGCCUUCGUGGUGGUGGUUCCUUUCGUUCUUGGAGCCUUGUGUUUUGGCUUACACCUCCGUGCAUGUGCAGCGAAACACUUGGAACACAAAACAACUGAAGAAUCUGUGAUUCAGGCGCGAUUCCUGGAUGAUUUGAACGUUUCUUCGACGCAACUUAUUCAAGAGAACGUAACAUCAACUUCCGAAACGCCAAUAAUAAUAAGGAUCGAAUCCACGGAACCUACACAAGGAGAUUCAAUCACUGAUGAUGAUGAUGCGAUUCUGAUGACGACACAAGACGAUGACGCAACCGACAUUCCGGAGACAACGGAAAAACCGACUUCACUAUUCAAAAGCUUUUUCACAUUCGUUACUCAAAACCUGUUGCAUCCCCGUCUGAACUCCGUGUUCAAGUCUUCAUCCAUUUCCCCGAUCGUAGCCAUCGGAGUUAUAAUUUUUGACGUUUUGUUCGCCCUUUUGCCAUGGAUGCUUCUCCCCGUGUUGACUAGGAAAAGUUUCGGCUCCCCCGAACAACCAGAGGUGACCUCUACCAUUACUCCCAUCAUGAACUCGUUCGAUUACCCCGAAUUUCCGCGGCAUUACGAUUAUGCCCCAGAACAGCCACUCAAUUUCUUGCAGUCUCGCAACAACGUGAACAAUCAGGAAAAUUUGUUUCAAGACAGGAUGUCGAGUGGGCUUUCCGAAAUGUUUGAGAACCGCGAUGAAGUGGAAAUGACCACCGAAGACGACGGACAAAUCAAGUUCAACUGGUUCCACUUCUGGCCCCAGUUGGACUUCUUCCUCCUGCCGAGAAUCCAGCGAACAAAACGGGAUUUGGACAGUGACCCGAAGAAAACCGUUGUAACGCGAGAACGUCCAGAUUACAGCCACUUCGGCCCGUUCUACGACAACUUCUCAGACUUGAGAAAGUGGCGAAAGAAACAAGUGAAAAGGAGAAGAGUCGUCGAAAAAUACCUCGACGACUUCUAUCACACAGUCGAUGACCACAUUUAUUGGGUUCAUCAGCAUCCCAAGAGGGGCUACAAAGACUACGUUUACAUACCGUAUCAGCCGAGUCCAGACAAGGAAAUCAGGAAGCGAAAGAAGAAGAAGAAGGUUUCCGGGGAUAAUCUUGUCAUUGGUUGA